CUUUCUAUCAUAUAAAGACAUUGAGAACUUGCCAACUUCAUCGCACAUGAAACUCAGAUAUGGAAUACCUAAACCAAGAAGUUGAAAGUUUAACCUCAAAUGUUCAACUAGGGGAUUAUUUGGCUUUAUCAAAUGAGGGCCUUUCUCAUGAUCAUCAAAAUCAUCUUCAAGAUCAUCAAAGAAUUCAUCAUGGUCAUGAUCAAAUUCCCACGAUCAUGGCUUUCCAUAAUGAUAUGAAUUUGUCAAGCAAUAUUAGUUCUGAUAAGGUUAAUGGUUAUGACGAUCCAGUAGCUGCUCAGUUCUUUACUCUAGGAGGUCCAAAUUAUGGCAUAAAUUCAAUUCCUGAAUCAAAUUCCAUGGUGAAUAAUAUUUCAACUCCUGCACCCCCGGUGCCAAUUGGAACUGGCAAGGGCAAUGGAAAUUAUAAUUGUGGUGGGAGAAAGAGAAAAAGAAAGGAUGAUAGAGAGGCUGAUAAACCAAGAGAAGUUGUUCACGUUAGAGCAAAGAGAGGGCAAGCUACUGAUAGUCAUAGUUUGGCUGAAAGGCUACGAAGAGAGAAAAUAAAUGAAAAGUUGAGAUGCUUACAAGAACUGGUUCCUGGAUGCUAUAAGACAAUGGGAAUGGCAGUGAUGUUCGAUGUAGUAAUCAAUUAUGUUCGAUCAUUGCAAAAUCAAAUUGAUUUUCUGUCCAUGAAACUUUCAGCAGCAAGUUUGUUUUAUGACUUCAACUCAUCAGAGAUGGAAGCUAUGGAGUUCAUGCAGGGAACAAAUGUGCAUGAAGCACAAGGGAUGGGAAAGGUUGCUGGUGAAGGGCAUGGAGGAUUUCCUCAAUUUCAAACAUCUAAUUGGCCACUUUGAUCGUACUUGUUCAUACUUUAAAGCUCCCUAAGAAAAUAUGUAUACUCGUCAUCUGAAAAAAAAAAAAAAUCCAACAAUAUCGCAAGUGUACUUUGAACUCCCAUAUGGUUUAAAUCCUUCACCUUCCCAUAAAAUAUAUGUUUGUUUGUGUAUUUAGUUAAUUAAAUUUUGUUUUAUGAAAACUCAAAACAAUAUUGGUUGCUGAUCAAUGAAGUAAGUCUAAUUUAAAAUA